AAUAAUAGACCGUUGCAGUCUGCAAUUGAAAGAAUCUAGGACAAAGAAAUAAAAGAGUCACAGGGUCAAAACUAAACAAACAAAUACUUUAGGGAGAAAAAUGAAAUAAAUCAGGAGUUUUAAGUACUACCAUCAGAGGUCCAAUCAUAACAUUUUAAGGAUAUAUUCGAUUAAAACGUAAUAAAACAUAAAGAUCAGGGACUUCCGACAAAAAUCUUUCGAUCCACUUACACUUCCACAACGUCCGUUCGAAAAAUAUGACCGUUGAAAGUAAUUAAAUUGUUUUAAAAACAAAAACAAAAUAACUCCUCUCUUCUUCUUCUUCAAUCUCUCUGUUCUUCCCAAAAAUAAAAACUUUCCUCAGUAAAAAAAAAACAAGAGACAGAGAGAGAGAGAGAGAAAGAUGGGUUGUGUUUCUUCGAAACUAGGCAAGAAGAAACUCAUAAGAGAGAUUAGAGUCAACAAUGGCGGCGAUCACAUUGUCUCUCUUACUUCAACUACUUAUGGUCAUCUCGAUCUCGAUGAACGAGCAGAGACCUCUCCUAAGUCACUGGAAGUUACUAAAGGCGAAGUCUUUGAAUCUGAAAUCAUACCGAGAAGAUCUAUUAAGAGAGAUGAUCCGGAGAUUAUCAAUACUUGGGAGCUUAUGGAAGAUCUUGAAGAUUCAAUGCACGUUUCUAAUCCACAGAAGAUUAGUCCCAAAUCUCGUGGUAUUUUCGGUAAAUCAUGGAAGACUCCGGUGAAAUCGGUUGUUGAAUCUCCGAAGAGAGGAAGUAGUAAGAGAUUUGGAGGGAAAGAGAAUAAUUCGAGAGGUGUGAGUCCGAAUCAGAUUCUGAAGCCGAAGAACAUUCUUGAAACACCGAAGAGAGGUGUAAUGCGUUUGAGUUUUCCUCUUAAAUCUGAAGAAUCUUCGGUGACGGUUACGCAGAGGAGGAAGAGUUAUAGUCCAAUGUUUGAUCCAGAUCUUGUGGCUUCUUACGAAAGAGAGUUGUCUCAAGAGAAAGAACAGAUCAAGAUGGUGAUUUCUCCGGUGGUGCACGAGAGCAGAAAAACAGAGAAAACAGAGAGAAUUCUUGAGAAGUUCCCAGAGAAAUGUCCACCGGGAGGAGAGCACUCUGUGGUGAUCUACAUAACAACUCUUAGAGGGAUACGGAAGACGUUUGAGGAUUGUAAUGUGGUAAGAUCGAUAUUAGAUUCACACGAAGUUCGAUUCUCAGAGCGAGAUGUGUCGAUGCACUCGGUUUUUAAGGAAGAGAUCAGGGGCAUUAUGGGAACGAAACAUGUGAAGAUACCUGCGGUAUUCGUUAAAGGGAGGAUGGUAGGAAGUGUUGAGGAAGUGAUGAGGUUAGAAGAGGAGGGCAAAUUGGGAAUAUUACUUGAAGGUAUUCCGGCGGCGAGGCUUGGAGGCAGUUGCUGCCGUGGAUGUGGAGGAAUGAGAUUUAUGAUGUGUGUUGUUUGCAACGGAAGCUGCAAGGUUAGGGAGGAAGAGAAGAAGAGUAUGGUUAAGUGUUUGAAGUGUAAUGAGAAUGGUUUGGUUCUAUGUCCAAUUUGUUCUUAAAAAAGAGAAUCAGUUUUGCCCUAAUUCUGGAGGCUGACUUUUGAAGGGUUGAUUUUGGUUUGUAAUGAUUUGGUGAGAGAGAGUUUCUAAAGCCGUGUUUAGUGCUCUUGGUGUGUACUACUACUAGUUUAAUGGAAUUUGUUUCUAAUGUUUGUAAACCUUUUUCAUUUUUAAGAUUCAAUUCAAAUCAAUGGGUAUCAUUCAUUAAGAAUUUGUCACCAGAUUUGUUUAAUUU